AGUCAGCUGUCAUUAAAGUACCGCAAAUCGAUGUUAUUCUCUUGUAUUUUUGUGGAAAAAAGCAAUCUGUUCGGAUGAUGAAAGCAAAAAACGUCGUUGUUAAUGAUACUUCGCGAGUAUUCGACUUCAAAUUGGACUGUAACACAUUAAUUGUACAAUGAGUGCGUCAGAAUUGGACAGCCGCAACUUAGCACUUUCCAUGAGAAAAUCAGUAGAAAAUCUGGUUGUAUCAUCACAAGAUGCCAUCGGGCAGAGCAUCAGUCAAGCUCUCAACUUCUCUGGGGUCAUCACCCCACAUACCACUGUCCAGGAAAACAAAAGCGUUUCCCGUUCUCCGUCCCCAUCGCUACGUCAUACAGAGAGCAGUUCUGAGCUGGUAGAUGAUAAGUCAAGUGAUAUCUAUAUCCAAGGCUCUGGAGAUGCACAGCCAGUGUCUAUAGAAGCGCCGCUCGCCAAGUCUGAUAGUAACAAGACCAUAUCACAAACGCCAGUGGCGUUACGCGGUGGCGCGGACGCGGGCGCUCGUACCAAGAAAAAGAGUUGGUACAACGCUCUCUAUCCUACAUACAAGAGCAAAUCAGAGGACUUCAAGAGGCUGUUCAAAGAUCUGCCCGAUGAGGAGAGGCUUAUUGUUGAUUACUCAUGCGCGCUGCAGAAGGACAUCCUGGCGCACGGGAGGCUGUACGCCUCGCAGAACUUCCUCUGCUUCUAUGCCAGCAUCUUCGGCUGGGAGACCAGCAUGACGCUGCGCUGGAAGGACGUCACCGCCAUCACCAAGGAGAAGACAGCACUGGUGAUACCUAACGCGAUCCUGGUGUGCACUGAGAGUGAGAAGAACUUCCUGACUUCAUUCUCUGGUCGGGACAAGGCUUACCUCAUGCUGUUCAGGAUCUGGCAGAAUGCGCUCAUGGACCAGCCCAUGUCCAGUCACGAGAUCUGGCAGUGGGUACAUUCUUGCUACGGGGAAGAGUUAGGCUUCAAUUCUGAGGACGAGGGAUAUCCGCGUGACGUUCGGGACGCUCCUGACGAUUCCUCUGCUACCCAACUUGACCCUCACGAGGAGCUGCUGGAGCCGUCGAUGGAAGUAGAGCGAGCGCGGGACCUGUCGCCACUCAGGGUAACAAACGGCAACUUGGCUUUACGUGACGACGAGGCGGGAGACACGCUACCCACAGACAUGUCGGACACUACCGACAGUGAACCCGACAAGCAUCGCAACUGCGGUGAGAUGGAGAAGUGCACGUCGGCUCACGAGGGCAAGCCGCUGCUGAGCCAGCAGUUCCCCUUCAACAUUGACCAGCUCUUCACCAUGAUGUUCACCAACUCGCAGUUUAACCUAGAACUGCUGACUGCGCGCGAGAGCACCGACUAUACGCAGGAGCCGUGGCAGACGCAGGGCACUCGCAAGGCUCGCCGCGUCAGCUACACUCUCAGUCUCUCCUCUGGCCUCGUCGGGCCCAAGAAGGUGCGCGUCAACGAAACACAGGUGAUGAACAAAUGCUCGAAGCCCGGCGCUUUGUACUCAAUAGACGCGACCAGUGAGAACUCUGGUAUCCCGUACGCAGACUACUUCACCGUGGAGGUGCACUACUGUCUGCAGCGUGCUGCGGAGACCAGCACACAUCUCACAGUCUACGCCCACGUGCGCUACAAGAAGACCAUGUGGCCUAUGGUCAAAUCGCUGUUAGAGAACAAUACAAUGUCUGGUCUGGAGGAGUACGCAAGGUUGUUGGAGGCUCGGCUGACAGCAGCACAGCCUGCGCCCGCGCGUCAUGCCCGCCGACGACGAAGACAUCUUGCGGUGACGAGUCAGGAGCCGGUGUCGGUGCCGCUGGUGCCGCGAGCUGUGCGGGGCGGGGCCGCAGCAGGUGGGGGUGGGGCGCGCUGGCUGGUGCUGCUGGUGCUGGCGCUGCUGCUCCUCAAUGCGCUGCUGUACUGGCGUCUUGCUGCACUACACAAUAACACCUUCGACGCAGACGAGCUGCAGGCCAGGAUGCGGUCAGUUAGCGGGUCUCAGAUGGCGGACUGGUCCCGGCUGCUGCAGCAGCACACCUCACGUCAGCGCUCAGAGCUGCUGGCCUGGAGAGAUGCCCUCGUGCGUACAGUGGCUCAUCUCGCACAGACGGAGCAGGAGUUAAGAAAGUUAUUGGAUACGAUAAAACCUUCGUUGGAAAAGGCGCACGCGGAGGCAGACGCUGUGCCGCCGGACGGAGAGCUCUGAGCGCGUACUGAAUAUACUGUAUGAGAGGUCACGUUAGCCUAGUAUCUUGUCUGACACUCGAUGGCAAACUAUGCAAGGUAACAAAUAUAAAGUACAUACAUUUUGUCUGAU